CAGAGCGCCACUUUUGCAAUUACCGUUCGGGGAGUCCACUUUCUCCUACAUCCUUAGUCAUCAACAAUCAAGCCUCAGAUACAGCAUGGCAAUGGAAAUCACCCAGCUUCUUUUAAAUGCACAAUCGGUGGAUGGAGCUGUGCGGAAGCAUGCAGAAGAAAGUUUGAAACAGUUUCAGGAGCAGAAUCUUCCAGGUUUCCUGUUAUCCCUCUCAGGAGAGCUUGCUAACAACGAGAAGCCUGUAGAUAGUCGUAAAUUAGCAGGUUUGAUUCUUAAGAAUGCUUUAGAUGCCAAGGAACAACAUAGAAAAUUUGAACUUGUUCAAAGAUGGUUGUCACUAGACGUGGCUGUGAAGAGCCAGAUUAAGACAUGCUUGCUGCAGACCCUUUCUUCUCCUGUGCCCGAUGCCCGGUCAACUGCAUCACAAGUCAUUGCAAAGGUAGCAGGAAUUGAGUUGCCACAGAAACAAUGGCCUGAGUUGAUAGGAUCACUCUUGUCAAAUAUUCACCAGCUUCAAGUUCAUGUCAAGCAAGCCACUUUAGAAACAUUGGGGUAUUUGUGUGAAGAAGUUUCUCCAGCUGUUGUAGAUCAAGAUCAUGUGAACAAAAUCCUUACGGCUGUGGUUCAGGGGAUGAAUGCGUCAGAAGGCAGUAUUGAUGUUAGGCUCGCUGCUACCAGAGCAUUGUAUAAUGCUCUGGGCUUUGCUCAGGCCAAUUUUAGCAAUGAUAUGGAGCGUGAUUAUAUCAUGAGAGUUGUCUGUGAGGCCACUUUAUCCCCCGAAGUGAAGAUCCGGCAGGCAGCUUUUGAGUGUUUGGUCUCCAUUUCUUCAACAUAUUAUGAGAAAUUAGCUCCUUAUAUACAAGACAUUUUUAACAUCACAGCAAAGGCUGUGAGGGAAGAUGAGGAGCCUGUGGCCCUUCAAGCUAUCGAAUUUUGGAGCUCAAUCUGUGAUGAGGAGAUAGAUAUAUUAGAAGAAUAUGGGGGUGAUUUUACAGGGGAUUCUGACAUUCCCUGCUUUUAUUUUAUCAAGCAAGCGCUCACUGCUCUUGUCCCUUUGCUGUUAGAAACACUUCUUAAGCAAGAGGAGGAUCAGGAUCAGGAUGAAGGGGCUUGGAAUCUUGCCAUGGCUGGUGGCACUUGCUUAGGUUUGGUUGCACGAACUGUAGGAGAUGAUAUUGUACCACUUGUUAUGCCGUUCAUUGAAGAGAACAUCACGAAACUUGAUUGGAGGCAAAGGGAGGCAGCCACUUAUGCAUUUGGUUCCAUUUUGGAGGGUCCUUCACCUGAUAAGUUAACACCUAUUGUUAACGUUGCUUUAAAUUUCAUGCUCACUGCCUUAACGAAGGACCCAAAUAGCCAUGUGAAGGACACAACUGCUUGGACACUCGGAAGAAUAUUUGAGUUCUUACAUGGUUCAACUAUGGAAACACCCAUAAUUACUCAGGCAAAUUGUCAACAGAUUAUCACCGUUCUGCUUCAAAGCAUGAAGGAUGCACCUAAUGUUGCUGAGAAGGCCUGUGGUGCUCUCUACUUCCUUGCUCAAGGUUAUGAGGAUAUUGAUUCGUCCUCUCCCUUAACUCCUUAUUUUCAGGAAAUUGUUCAGUCUCUUCUCACUGUUACUCACAGGGAAGAUGCUGGGGAAUCACGAUUAAGAACUGCUGCAUAUGAGACCUUGAAUGAAGUGGUGAGGUGUUCAACAGAUGAAACAGCUCCAAUGGUUUUGCAAUUAGUUCCUGUCAUUAUGAUGGAGCUUCACCAGACUCUUGAGGCACAAAAGCUUUCAUCUGAUGAGAGGGAGAAGCAGAAUGAACUACAAGGCCUUCUGUGUGGGUGCUUACAGGUUAUUAUUCAGAAACUAGGAUCUUCAGAGCCAACUAAGAGUCUCUUCAUGCAGUUUGCGGAUCAGAUCAUGAAUCUCUUCCUCCGGGUUUUUGCUUGUAGAAAUGCCACUGUGCACGAGGAGGCGAUGCUUGCCAUUGGAGCCCUUGCGUAUGCAACGGGUCCAGACUUUGCAAAAUACAUGCCAGAAUUUUAUAAGUAUUUGGAAAUGGGUCUGCAGAAUUUUGAGGAGUACCAAGUCUGUGCUGUCACGGUUGGUGUGGUGGGUGAUAUAUGCAGAGCAUUGGAGGAUAGGAUUUUGCCUUACUGCGAUGGGAUUAUGACACAGCUUCUUAAAGACUUAUCGAGCAAUCAGUUGCAUCGAUCUGUGAAGCCUCCCAUCUUUUCAUGCUUUGGUGACAUAGCACUGGCUAUAGGUGAAAAUUUUGAGAAGUACUUGAUGUAUGCCAUGCCUAUGCUUCAGAGUGCUGCAGAGUUGUCUGCCCACACAUCAGGUGCUGAUGAUGAGAUGACUGAGUACACCAAUCUUCUGAGAAAUGGGAUAUUGGAAGCAUAUUCUGGAAUAUUUCAAGGCUUUAAAAAUUCUCCUAAAACUCAACUGUUGGUCCCUUACGCACCUCAUAUUCUUCAGUUCCUGGAUAGCAUAUACAUGGAGAAAGACAUGGAUGAUGUUGUGAUGAAAACUGCCAUUGGGGUCCUUGGAGAUCUAGCAGAUACUUUGGGAAGUAAUGCUGGUUCUUUGAUUCAGCAAUCUCUGUCAAGCAAAGACUUUUUAAAUGAAUGUUUGUCCUCAGAGGAUCAUUUGAUUAAGGAAUCUGCUGAAUGGGCCAAGUUGGCCAUUAGCCGUGCAAUUUCUGUUUGAGGCUACUGCCACUUGGUAUAUUCUUUUCCUUUAGGAGUCCCUGCAUGCAUAUGGGUGUGUCGAGUCGGGUCCAGCAUUUGCAUUCAUCGUGUCGGGUCAUCACCAGUCUCAGACAACUGAAUUGAACUUCAAGUUGUCACUAACUCUUGCAUCAGCACCAUGGGGUCCAUGAUUUGCAUUCAUGAAGUCUGGUCAUCACCUCUCAGACAACUGAACUAAUUGAACUUCAAGUUGUCAUUAACUCUUGCAUCAGCACCAUGGGGUCGUGUUUUCCCUUUGUAACAGAGGAAGUGCGCAGUGUUGGCUCAUCAGAAAUGGGUAAUGUCCUUCAUUGAGAAGCUAUCAUGUAUCUGGAGGAUUUGGUUGGGAGGUGGGUGUGUACUGAUACGCUGAAUAGACAUAACUUAUGCUGCUUGUCCAUUGGUCCUUGUUAUGGUUCAGCAGCAGUCAUCUUGAGAAAAAGAAACCCUAUACCAACCUGGCAAUGCCAUCUUUCUCCAAGUGAUUUAAGCAGUUGAAAUGGUUUACUGCAAA